AUGCAAUCUUCAAAUCCAUUUGAAAAUAGUGGUAGUUCUGGUGGUGGAGAAGGGAGUGAAGAUACUAAAGAUGAUUUUGUACUAUUAAAAAAAGAUGAAGACCCAACAAUUCAAAGUACUUUAAUAAAAAGAUUGGAUUCAAUUCAACAACAGGAUCAUUUAAAAAAGAAACAAGAUUUAGAUACAAAAAGUAAUGAAAGUAGUUCAAUAUGUGGUGCUUCUCCAUUUGAAGUUUCAAAAGAGGAUCAUAGUAAUUUAAAAUCUGCAAAUGAUUUAAAACAAAAAGAAAAUCAAAAAUUAAAACAACAACAACAACAACAACAACAACAACAACAACAACAACAACAACAACAACAACAACAACAACAACAACAACAACAACAACAACAACAAGAACAACAACAAGAACAAGAACAAUUUGGACAACAAUCAACCAAUGAAACAAUAUCUUUACCAUUUUCAAAUAAUAAUGAAUCAAUUGUAAAUUUAAAUAAUCAACAACAACAAUCAACAGAAAUAAUAAAUAAUAAUAAAAAUAAUAAUAAUAAUAAUAAUGACCAAUUUGUAUCAGUUCCAUUUAGUCCACCAUUAAAACCAUUUUCAUUAGAAAAAAUAGAAUCAAAUUCAGAGUUACCAUUUAUUAGACCAGAUAAUUAUGAAAGUACAAAUUAUCCUCAUAAUACAACAACCAACUCAAAUAGUGGUAUUUUAAAUCCAGGAAUUGAUAGAGCAUACUAUAAUAUGAAUUCAAGGAUUGGUAGUAACAUUCCAUUAGAUGAUGAUAAUGCAAAUCCAUUCGCUCGUAUUACCACAGCUGUUGACCCAGAAGUCGAAGUUAACAAUGAUGAUGAUGAAGCUGGUCCAAUGGUUAAUAUAAAUAUCAAUCCUGGUACUUUUGCAGAACCAAACGGUGCAGAAGUUCCUGUAGUAACAAGAAGAAGAAGAACCGAUGAUAAAAUAGGUGUCAUUAUAAUGUGUACUAUAAUUAUAAUUAUUAUUGGUGGUUGUAUUGCAUUUUUAUUCAUUUAA